AUGUCGUCAUCUGAUAGCCGUGAUAGCCAUUUCUUCAGCGACGUUUGGGACACGUAUAUCAGGCUGGAGGAUGGAUGGGGGACGGCUACGGCUAUGCUUGAUUUGCAUGCCUUUAUGGGUGGUGUUGACUGUUUUGCUUACAUGGAUGACGUUGAAUUUUUGGGUAACAUGCCUCCAUCUGAAACCGUUUCAAUGAUGGUGAACCGGCUAAGAGAAAUGCAGCCUGAUACACUUGUGCAUCUUCCAGUGGGGUCUGUAAGGGAUGCACAAUACGAUGUUGAGCCUUCUCCUUCGAUGUUUGGCGAUUUAUUUCCUCUUUGCUGGAACGAUCUCAAGGAGCUUGGUAUUAUGAAGCUCACAGCUCUGUUUGUGGCGCGUUACGGGGCGUAUUUUUGUUGGGAAUUGACAAAGAAAGUGGUUAUGAAACCUCAGUUUAACUUUAUGAAUCCAACUGAUAGCAAAUUUAGGUUUUAUAAUCAGAUUGUUGAUGCAUAUUGA